GCUUUGGAAAACCAGGUAUGGGAUCUGCUGCAUGAAGCAGACAAGGCUGCAGAAGAGAACAAAGAAAAAAGUCAGGUUUAUGAUGCCAUGGCCAAGACCCUUGGGGAUGCAUGGGAUGCCCUCAUCAUUAUGUUAGAAAAGCGACAGGCACUUCUGGAACUUACUUCAGUGUUCUUUGAAAAUGCUCUCGAGUUUGCUGUUAAAAUUGACCAAGUUGAAGAUUUCCUGAAAAAUGCCCAAGAGUUUGACAAUAUAGACUCUUUGAGGGAACUCCUUCUACAACAAGAGCAUCAUAACAAAGAGCUUUUGGAAAAGUCUUUUGCACUUUUAAAUAAAAGCCAAGAGCUAACUGAAUUCAUAGAAGAAUUCAAAUGUGAGGGGCCAAAUGCAAACCCAGAGCUGAUUCAGGGAGCCCACAGCAGCUGCUUGAAAAUUGACAAUCUCCUUGAAAUGCUACAAGACAGGAGACGGCAACUGGACAGAUUUCUUAAACAUCAGCGCCAAGGACUGGAGCAGGUUCUGCAAAUUUGUUUGUGGCACCAACAAGAGAACCAGGUAACAUCUUGGUACAAGAAAAACAUCAGAGAUUAUUUUCACAAGCAAAGCUUAGGCUCAUCUCUAAUGGAAAAUGAAAAGUUACUUCAAGAGCUUGAAGAAAUGGAAGUCAAAGUGAAAGAAUGGAAUUCCACUGUGGAACAACUGGAAGCUGAAGCUUUUAAGAUCUUGCUUUCAGAGGAUUAUACAGAAAAAGAACAUCUAAAGCUCUCAAAUCAGAAAAUCUGUCUGUUGCGAGAAGAGGUAUGCUUCCUUUUGGAAGAAAGGAAAGCUUUGCUACAAGAGGCCAAUGACUUUUUUCAUACCACUGGCAAGGUACUUGAUGACCUCGAAGGUAUUAAGAAUUACCUUAACAUCUUGAAUUCAGAGGGUUUACAUUUCUCUACCUUGACAAUGAAGUAUGAGGAAUUACAGGAAGCAAUUAAAGAUUGCACAGCUACUGCCUUGCAAAAGGGACAAGCAUUAGUUAACAAAACAGACUCUCGCAGCUCUUGGGUGACAGGAAUUCAGAAAAUGAUGGAAUAUGUUCAAAAAAAAGUAGAUCAAUUAACCAGGCAGUAUCCAGAUUAUAAAGAACUUACUUUGAAGAAAAAACAGUGGACUGCCUCACUUGAUGAUCACCUAAAUAAGGUAUCACAGUCAAUUAAGAAAAUCACCCCAGUGCUUGCAGUUGGCAUGGAGAUUGGUUCGUAUUUGUCUGAGUCGGAAAGAGUUUUGGACAAACACCUAGAACUGGCUAAACAAACAAAGGAAACUUCACAUGAACUGGAAGCAGCUGAGAGAAUCAUCAAAGAUAUGGAAGAACUUGAACCAGAGCAGGUGGCAACAUUUUCUAGCAGAACUGACUUUCUGAAUGAAGAACUGAGAAAAAUUGAAGAAAAUAUUAGUUCAAAAGUAGAAAUUCUAAAGACUUAUGUGGCCUUUUUAAAGGCGGUUAUAGAGGUGAAUAAUGAUAUCCAAAAUUUGAAGGAAUUCUAUAAAUUAGAACCACUACAAAUGAGCAGGGAGGUUGAAAGUAAAAUUGCAAUAGGAUCAGCUAAUAUUCAGUGGCAAAACGUUAUUGAGAAGAUUUUUUCCAUCCAAAAUAUGGGUUGCAAUUUUCUUAAUUUAGUAAAUAUGACUACCCAUGGCUUAGAGAUUCUUCAAGAUGACGCACUCCGGCUUGCAGCGACAGUUGACCUUGGGAGUGACCUUUUUAUCACUUUGGAACUACAGAAAAAGCUUAACCAAAUGAAACCCCAGUACCAGCAACUGAAUGCUGAGGUUGAGUACCUGAUAAAAUUAUUAGAAUUGCCAAGCCAGAAAGGAUUUUCUGUGAAAGAGAAUUCUGAGAGUAUAAGUGAGCUUAUUUGUUUCCAUCAAAUGGUAAAGAACACAAUGGCAGAGUAUGAUGAGAUUUUCAACAAGACAGUCAAGUUCCAUCACAUCAAAAAUGAACUGGAACAUCUAUCAAAAUUGGGAGAACUGGAUAUUCCUGAAAUAUGUGAGCACCCUGAAGAUGUGCACCAUGCUAAAGCCUACCUUGUGAAUGUUCAGGAGAAACACACACGUAUCAGACAGCUAUUUAAACUGCUUAUUACCCAAGGAGCAGAUAUCUUGUCUGCAGUGCAGCAACCUAAUUGCUUGAAUAUUUCUGUAAAGAAUCUGAAGCAAGAACUUGCUAGAUUUGAGUGUGAUAGCAUUAACUGGAGCUCCAAAGCCGAUAAGUAUGAGGAAGAACUGUCACAGCAUUUCCAACACUGCAUCAGUCAAGAGGAGAUAAAAGAGCUCAGAGAAUCAUUUAAGGAUCUCAAAAAGAAAUUCAACAAUUUGAAGUUUAACUACACGAAGAAAACUGAAAAAGCUCGUAAUUUGAAAGUACUUAAAAUACAGAUUCAGCAAGUGGAUACAUAUGCAGAGAAAAUACAGGUUCUUAAAAAGAAGAUGGUUAAUUUAGAGAAGAAAGUCAUUGGCUCUGUAGCAAAUGAACCUAAUGCUAAAGUUAAAGUCCUCUUGGGAUCUAUCAAUGAAUUACAAAAACAGCUGACUGACUUUAGCAGAGUUGUGGAGGAUUACAAGCAAAAUCUGGAUCUUGUGGAGCAUCUACAACAGAUGAUGGAAGAGUGUCAAUUUUGGUUUGAAGACGUGAGUGCAACAGUUGUUAGAGUUCGCAAGUAUUCUGCAGAAUGCAAAACAAGAGAAGCAAUAGAGACUCUGUACAAGCAAUUCAAUAAGUUUAUCAAGCCUACAGUGCCUCAACAAGAAGAAAAAAUCCAGGAGAUUAUAGACCUUGCUGGACGAUUAUAUGGUACUGAAGAAGGAAAGAAGUAUGUUGAAAAAGCCAUAUUAAAGUACAAAGAAGUCAUUAAUUCUAUUGAUGAAUUGUGUAGAACUCUGAAAGAACUUAAGGAGAUUAAGAAAGAUGAGUUUUCUGAAGAGUUGAUUACUGUUCAGAAAGAAGAAAGAAAUGGUCAAGAAGCGUGUGAGGCUGUUGUUAAAGCAGCGGGAAAAAAGCAGCAGAUGGUGUCAAGUGAAUUCCUUACAAAUUCAGAAAGCAUUACUGAGAAGAGAAACAAUAUACUGUCUUCUACUGACACUAACCAGGAGAGGAAUAAAUUGGCUGAUAUUCCAAUUAUCUGUCCAGCUGGUGAGGAUCUUGUUUCACAGGAUCCAGAGCUGCCAUCUUCAGCCAAAGAGGAUAGUUUACAGACUGAAUUCCUGGCAGAAGAAAUACCCUCCGGAGAUGAAUAUGAGUGUAUAUCACCUGAUGAUAUCUCUUUGCCACCGCUUUCUGAGACACCAGAAUCCAACAUCUUACAUUCUGAAACAGAGUUAGAAGAGCAGUGCUGUUGUAGUUCUCGUAGUCUGCAUGUCUGUUCCCAUAGCUUGCAAACACAGAAAAAUACUAAUAUUAAAAAAGUGAUGGAAAUGUCUGAUCUCUUAACAAAUUCUGCUUAUGCUGAUGCUACAAAUAAUACAAUAGAAAGCCCACCAGAUAAGUUCGAGAAGUUUUGUGUCUCUUCAACAGAUUCUGGUCCAAAAGUCAGAGCAGUAUCUCCUUUGACUUGUAGCUUAGCAGGAAUAUCCGAAGCUAGCACUGCUUCCUGCCCUGUAGAUGCCAAACCAGUAUAUAGCAUGAUGACUGAAGUGAGCAAAACACAUUUGCAACACCUUGAACUUAGUAAAAGCAUGGCAGAAACACAAGAACAAUUGCAUGACUUGAAUAACUGUACUAAAACCCAGGACAGGCUGCAUGCUCUGCCUGAUGCAUUCUCAGGUUUCGUGUUUCAAUCAGACACCACCAGAAGCUGCCAGAGGCAGAUGGUCACCCGAGAAGAGAUUAAAAGUUCAUCAGAAAAGAACAGCAUGGCCAGCCUAACUGGACAGGUGCCUAACUUCUCCCAGCUUCUGUCUAACAAAACCGUCAUGGAAGGUUCUCCAGUAACUUUGGAAGUAGAAGUAACGGGAUUCCCAGAGCCUACACUGACAUGGUACAAGAAGGGCCAGAAACUGACUGCAGAUGAGCGCUUAAAGCUUUUGCAAAAGGACACAAAGCAUACUUUGUUCAUUCAGAAGGUGUGUGAUAAAGAUGCUGGCCUCUAUGUUGCUCGGGCUAAAAAUUUGAACGGCACUAUCUCAUCAAGUGCCAUUCUCCACGUGAAAGGUAACAGGCCACCUAUUAAAAGAAUAGGCUGGGUAAUGCUGUGUGUCAUCUAUGUUAGCGUAUUACUAAUGUACUGGCUAUUCACAAAAUAA